CUUGGGCGUAUGUUCCCUUUCACUUUGACACAGCCACAGCCACAUUUCCCUCUCCUAUAUCACCAUGCGCUUACCGCCGCCUUACCUAUGCGGACGUCCCAAGUCAUACGCCUCCAUAAACAACUAUGGCUAUCACAAAAGUCGUACGUGAUCGGCUCAAGCGCAACUCCAAAUUUGUAGCAGAAGACGCUCUCCCACCCCUCAGGAACGUCGAGCUUCCCAAGGUCAAGCCGGCCCAUCAGCCGGCUCUUGCAGGACAAGGAUGGACGACCAUCACAUUCGAUGGUCCGGAGGAUACGCUUAAACAUAGCCUCGACCAGUUGUUCGAUGCCAGCAAGGCGUUCUUUGCGCUCCCGCAAGAGUACAAAGCCAGUUUCUUGACAACAGCUGGUAGUGAAGAGGGAUGGAAUCGUAUCGAAGGAGAGAAAGAAUUCAUCACGCUUCGCACUAUAGAUAAUACUCCGAAAGAGCUAAAGUCGCCGGCCAUAAGGGCAUGGGCGGAGGCUGGGCAGGCCUUGAACGCCAUCUUGGAGCAGGUUGCGAAGACACUUGACUUGCCGCCUGAAGCUUUGACACAGUACUCAGAGCCAUGCAUAGAGCUGAACGGAAGAAGAACUGCGACCAUGCUCAGGCUUUUUAGAUAUGAGGGGCACGAACAGAAGGUCGUCGCUGAGCCUCAUGCUGAUCUUGGUUUGCUCAGCUUUGUCAUGGGAGAUACCCCUGGCUUGGAAGUCUGGAACAAGUACCACAAUGACUUUUGGCCGAUCGAGAAGACGUACAAAGUUCCACAGGGGACUAUACUUGGCGGGCGACAGCUCCAGCGUCUGUCGAACGAGCGAUAUGAGGCCGGUGGCCACCUCGUACGAUCAUAUGGUCUUCCACACGAGUCUCCAAUCACUGCCGCUCACGAGAAACCAUAUCGAUAUUCUAUUGUAUUCGUGUUGCGCGCCCACUCUCCUAUUCUAGUGGACACGGACAAGUUGACUACGUCUAUCACAGGCCCUUUCAAGCACCCGCUACGAGAUAUGACGGCAGGGCAGUUGUUCCAAGACACAAAGCGCAAGCAUUUCAACAUCAACACUGGCACGGAGGAGCGAGAGAAGCAGAAACUUGAAAUCAUUGCGAAACGACAGGCUCAGUUUCUAGAGCUGACGGCUAGAAGCUGAACUAUGGUCAUUCACGUCUAUCGUGAAGCAUUAUGCGAGCGCCAUUCGCAAAUUCCAUUGCAGCAGCUCAUAGACACUCAAAAGCUUUCUUAUCCGGCUUGCCUAUAUGUUCCCUCCUUCUGGCAUCGGGAAUUAGUCAACUCCGUUAGACCUUUUAUACUAAGAUAUAACACAGAUCAUUUCGACGUCUGACCAGAG